AUGGGAUGGCUCAUGGAAGCAGCUGAUUCCUCGACAAAAGCUGAAGAUCAAUUGGUCUGGUUUACACUAUACCUUGUGAUCUAUCUUGCCUUUUAUUUCUUUACAAGUCCAUUUGUUAAUAAUCGGGAAUUACUCAAUUCAUGGACACCUUAUGUCUAUUUCUCCAUGGUCUUAUAUGCCUGGCUCUUUUCUGCUGCUGCCUUACAUACCCCAGUCUAUGCGUUAGGGUUAUUGGAUUCUACAAUUAAACAACCGAUUUCGCUGCUAUUUCCCUUCUUCUUCGCAAGUUUUGUCUUUCUUAUCGUACUUGAAGUACUUGCAGUACUUGUACUCUCCCGAUUGAUUACACGGCUUGGUUUAUCAUGGACUGUUGCACACGUUUCGUUGGAGAGAUCGUUUAUGAAUGUACUUCGUAAUAGCGCUGCGAUUAGCAUCGCCUGUGUUGCGCUGAUUGUACACUGUGACGCAACGUUUGAUUGUGCUGCAACACAAGAUGAACCAAGAACAUAUAAUUGUCAUGCUUGUGCACAACUUUUUUCAUUUGUGCAAUCGGAUGAUGAGGAAACACUUGUACCGGGAAGCUAUGGUGGUGCCAUUUUAAUCUGGUGCAUGGGUAUAUUUCUUGCAAGUACAAACUUUUUUCUCGAGCGUGUGAGUGGCAUUCGCGUGAUUGCAUCCUUUGGCUGGUUUUUGAAUCACACUGAAAAAGAUCACGACGAGUUGGCCGAGGGAGAGAAUAGCCAGGAACUUUUACCACCCGACCAAAACUUGUCCAUGGUACCUUGGUAUUCCAUGCUCUUAUUUGACACAGUAUUUGAUUUGCUCAUCUCGCUUAAGGUAUUUCUUGGACGUUUUGACAUGCGCACGAUGCAACGUGCACUGCAUCCGAAUGACGAAGAUUAUACCUUUGAUCAUCUUGCUAAAAAAGACGAGGUGUGGCUUGACUUCAUGGCUGACUGUGGCGACGGCUUCAAUAGCAGUUACCAAAUUGCACGUUUACUUGCUCAACCGCAGCUUGAGGUGGACUGUGAAGUAUCCGGCAAAGAACACUCGAACGGCGCAGCUUCAUCUGACAACAAACAUGGGAAGGCAACGAAAACGAUCAAGCGAGUAUUUCCACGUGGUGACGCUCUCGUUAUUGGUGGAGAUCUUGCAUAUCCACAUCCCGACAGCCAAACAUACGAAACGCGUUUGUUUCGAUGCUUUGAGUAUGCUAUGAAGCCGCCAUCAUCGUAUCAUCCAUCGGCUAUAUCUACACAGAAGAAAAUUCCCGAUGGAUGCUCAUCGCUGCGUGAAUACAAAGGCCUUUGUGCAUUUGCAAUUCCCGGAAACCAUGACUGGUUUGAUGGUCUGAACACAUUCACGCGAUACAUUUGCCAACGCGACUGGCUAGGAGGAUGGUUGCUUCCACAAAAGACAAGCUACUUCAGUAUCAAACUUCCUCAUGGCUGGUGGCUAUUUGGUGUGGAUUUAGCGCUGGAGAAUGACAUUGACACGGACCAGUUUGGCUUUUUCGAGCGCGUCGUUCAGUCUCAAAUGGGUCCCAAUGACGCAGUAAUCGUGGUCACGCAUGAACCGCGUUGGUUGUUAGAUGUUUACGAAAACAAGUCUAACGUCGACGUCAAGCUUUCAUACCUUAUCAAGCAUGUACUCAAGGGUCGAGUUGCUGUGCGACUUGCUGGAGACAUCCACAAUUACAUGCGGCACUCAUUGGUAGAAGAGAAACACGUUCUGAAGCGCCCCGCUUCCAUGCAAUUUGGUACGCCAUGGACAAAAGCGUCGACAUCGAGUCUUCCGCGUCGACAUUCUUUUGCAUUCCCUUCCGUUCACAAACACUUUCCGCACAUGAAGCAACACGAUAGUGCUUUUGAGGAAGAGAAGAAACUCGGAGAUGCUAUGGUUCAACCGGUGCUGCCAGCACAUGUUUCGAGACGCUAUACAGUGCUGAAUGUUCUUGGCUUUCGUCGUCUCAAUUGGCGCUUUGAUGCUAUUGGCGGCGUUGGGUACUUUGCUCUAGUCUUCUCCAUGUUUCCGCGCUGCUCAGUUGGAUCCAUCUAUGCAGCUGCAACGCGAUGGGAGGCGGCGUUACAGUUUUAUCAGGAACUCGUCCAGUUACUUGUUGACAUGGUGACGACAUCGAAUGUAUCGUUAUUGUGCUGCAUUGGUAUGCUUAUUGCAACGAUUGGGUUUGCAGAUUGCACAACUUUACCAAAAAGGUGUGCGAUGGGUCUGGCCGUGUCGUGCUUCCACAAUGUGGCAGCAUUCUCGAUUUUGCUGGUUUACGAGUUUCUUCUUGAAGUGGCUUCAGCUCGCGGUGCUCUUGGUCGUGAGGGUGAACACACACUCUACCUCUUUUUCAGCAGUACACUUCCAGACUUUUCGGCAGUUCGGAAGUACGAUAUCUUUGGCCUUGCCUCGAUGUACGGCGAAUUUAUGCGGCUCUGCAUGACCAUAUUUGACGUGCCAGAGGUGGUCGCUCUACAUCGUAACAAGAUUUGCACAUCAGGGUUUGAAAGCCUUGGACGUAUGGAACUGUGGUCAUACUACGCCAGUGUGUUCCCGUACUUUUGGGUACUGGCCACCCCCGUGGUUAGUUUCGUCUUUGGGUCAUAUCUCUACCUGUCGCUCAAUAUCUUUGGAUGCCAUUACAAUGAGGCUUUUUCAUCGCUGCGCAUUGCUAGCUACAAGAACUUUUUGCGGCUACAUUUUGAUAAGGAUGGUCGACUCGAGGUGUUUGCAUUCGGAGUGGACAAAAUGCCUCAUCGAUGGUGCAGAGAUCCAAAGUGGAGCGGAGGCACUGGACCACGUGCGUCUUUGGAAAGAAACUUGCCAUCAUAUAAAUGGACGCGACCUAGCUACUGGAAGCCAUUGGUGACAAAAGUAGACAACAUGUUACGCUUGGAUUUUGAGAAUCCAAUGUUAGAUGCAAAAUUCAAUACGUCGGACCGAUCGAAUGUGCAUCUUGUUGAUCACGUGGUCAUUCACAAGCCAACUGUAGCUCAUGACUGA